UAAAAUAGCUAAUUUGGCAACAGUGUCUACAAGAAAAACGAACGUGUCGUGUCCCAACAGAAAGUUCUUCGCUCUCGCUCUAAAAAAUCAUAAAUCAUGGCCGAAUUACAGGAAUUCAAUAAAGCUGCCGAAGAUGUCAAGAAUCUGAAUACCACGCCCGCGGAUAAUGACCUUUUGGAACUCUACAGUCUGUUCAAGCAGGCCACAGUGGGCGAUUGCAAUACUGACAAGCCCGGUUUCCUGGACUUUAAGGGUAAGGCCAAGUGGGAGGCCUGGAAUGGACGCAAAGGAAUGAGCAAUGCCGAUGCGCAGGGCGCGUAUAUAGCCAAAGUUCAGGGAUUGAUUGCUUCCGUCGGACUCAAGUCUUAGGAAGGUAUACGACCUACAUCGUAUAUUAUACAAUAUGAUAUUAUUAUAUGUAUGCAUUUUUGGAAUCUCACAUGUCGUCAAACGCACAAGUCUUGAGUCUUUUCCGCACAACAAAUAUACUCACACACAUUAAAAUGUA